AUUUCAUCGAACGAUGCCGUACUCUCAACUGUGACAUGCUGUCGACGAUUGAGAGAAUUCGUUCGAGUGGCAAAAAGAGCUAUUGAAUUGCAUGUCGAAUCAGUGCGUCUGGAGACCUUUAAUUCAUCUCUCUUGGAGCUUUCCCAUUCCGUAAACCAAAUGGUGGAGCAGGAGUAUGCCAAUGUCUCGGCGGGUGCUACAGGCCUCAUGAAUGCCUUCUCCCGCUCCGGUAAUAGUAGACGCAUCUCCAAUAUUAAUCCUACCAAAACGAGAAUGAGUUCAGUUCGGGGAAUUUGUGAGGGCUUAAGGCAAGGGCUCUCCCUUGUCUCUCGAACUAACACUCUCCUAGCUAGUGAGUUUGGGGAUUAUGCACCCCUUCCACCCAGAACUCAUCGUCACACUUUAGUAGUGGUCUCCGUGUUGAUCGCAGCGAGCCACAUCGUCAACUCCGGUCUUCUCCUCCUUUCUCAAUCCGAUUUAACUCGGUACACACACGCCGAACUUUGGGAGAUCACGCGAGGAAUUGAGGAAUUAAGCAUGCUCAUCGAACACGUCCAGGAGCAGUUGGACGAGAAAAAACAAUUUCAGCUUCGUUGUCUGCUCCUAGACGAAUGUCCUCUUGGUAGUAAUAAUGCACCUCUCGAGCAGCGACUCUCGGAGCUCUCCCUUCUCACUGAUCCGAUCGACAGCUUAAGGCCAGCCUCUGUGGGUCACAUAAUCUACCUUCUCGCUCGCUACCGCUCUUCAACUCCAGCUCGCAUUCUUGUCGGAGAUUUACUA